AUGUCUGCGUUUGGGGACUCGUCGACCGGCUCACAGCAAUUUCUCCGCUCUCAAAAGCUACGCCAGACGUCUUUUAUCCUCCCCAAAACCGGCCAGCGCCUGAGAGGCCUCGUACACCUCCGGAGUUCGCGCCCCGAGCCUAAUGGCCAUGCAGACAAUGAAGAACGACGUGGACUUUUGUCUGGAGAGCUUCAACUGGGACCAGAGGGCCUUUCGUCCCGCGUGGAAGGGAAAUUCUCGGGUCAAUGGCUUGCGUUGCGAAAGUUCGUCUCUUCGGAACUGGGUAUCGGCGUUCUGAAAUGCAGCCUGGCCUAUCUGCUUGGGUCUUUACCGACCUUUGUUCCACUACUCGCUGCGUUUCUUGGCCAUCAGGAUAGCAAGCAUAUGGUAGCCACCAUAACGGUUUACUUUCACCCGGCCAGGUCACAGGGAAGUAUGAUUAAAGCGCUAGUAUGUGCGCUUCUCGCCUUCCUCUAUACGACAUUCGUUUCGGUCACGAGCAUGUUCGUUUCGAUGUUCUUCCAGGAUACCCUCGGCCUGAUUCCGCUUGGACAUGCAGUUGUUCUCAUUGUUUUCUGCGGAGGUGGGUUGGGUUUCAUUGGGUGGACAAAACAGAGAUUGGGCGAUCCGCUCGUCAAUGUUGCAUGCUCGUUGGCGUCGCUCUCGACUAUAAGCGUCUUGACGAAGGAAGGUGCAGUCCAGGCCGGGGAUUUAUCCUUUGCAAAGAUAUCUCAAGUGCUGAAAAUGAUUCUCAUGGGUGUCACGGCAACUGUGACUGUCUCGUUCCUGAUAUUCCCCAUCUCUGCGCGGAAGAAGUUACGAGCCAAUCUCACAGAAGUCACCGAGGCAAUGGCAUCAAUGCUUGCCCUUAUCACGGAGGGCUUUUUGAGUGGGUCAGAAGAGGAGUUUCAGGCCGCAGAAUUCUUGGAUGCAGCUGCACGGCAUAAGAUGGCUUAUAGCCAACUUGAUUCCCUUGUCAAAGAGGCAAAGCUCGAACACUACGUGAGAGGAACCGAGAAGGAAUACAGGCUGGAAAAGCACCUUGUACGAUGGGUACAGGAUAUAACGCACAAUAUGGGCGGAUUGCGCAGUGCUGCUUCCUUGCAGUUCCAGCUCCUGAAACAGAGCAAACCCUUGGAUUUUAUGCAAAGUCCAAACGCUUCCUUUUAUGGCUCUCUUGAUUCCCACAGACCAAUGAGCCCUUGGUCGUUACCCGAGGAUCGAUCUCAUCUUGAACCAAUUGACGAGAGGCCGGAAGAAGAGCUUUCAGAACCUGAAACUGUUCGGCCGGUCUUGAGCCGGGUACAGACUUCUGAAUCGGAAGCCGCACCCAACCUGCUUCCUGCCGAUAUAUUCGCCAUCUUUAUAGACCAUCUAGGGCCCUCUAUGCGAGCCCUUGCUUUUACGUUAAAGGGGAUAUUCAAUGAGAUCCCUUUUACUCCAGCUCCGGAUCAUAAGGUUUCCAUUGAUAGUAGAUUUUGCACGAGUCUCGACCGCGCGCUUGAGCUCUAUCGUGAAUCUCGAGAAGAAGCGUUGAAAACUAUAUACCGACGGAAGGAAAUACUUAAAAUCAAAAACCUCGAGUUCGAAGCCGAUCUUGAGGAGGUUGCCGCGAGCUGUGGGCAUUUUAGUUUCUCAUUACUCGAGUUCGGCGAACAAUUGAAAGAACUACUCGCAAUUCUUGAUGAAUUGCAACUCGAAUCUGAAGAACGGCCGCAUGGUCGGUCGUGGAACUGGCUGAGGUUCUGGCGUAAAGGAGAAUCAGAGCGGAAAAGGUUCUCUAAUCAACCGUUAAUCAACUCAAACCCAAGAGGCAUCAUUACUGCUCCGCUGGGUAGCACUGAAUAUCUCCAAACAACCUCGAACAAGUCCCCUAGGAGUGCCAGAUUCGGGUAUCGACUAUGGAAAUCACUCGGCGUGUUUCGACGCGACGAUACUAAGUUUGCGAUCAAGGUCGGCGCUGGUGCAGCACUUUACGCCUUGCCAUCCUUCAUCUCAUCGACUAGACCGAUCUACUCUCACUGGCGAGGAGAAUGGGGUCUUCUCUCCUACAUGUUGGUCUGUUCCAUGACUAUCGGCUCAUCUAACACAACUGGGUCCGCGCGUUUCCUUGGUACAUGCCUCGGCGCGGGAUGUGCUAUAUUGUCUUGGUAUAUCACUAGCGGGAAUGCAUACGCUCUUGCGUUCGUUGGUCUAAUCAUGUCAACUUGGACCGCCUACAUUAUCAUCGUCAAACGCCAAGGUCCGAUGGGGCGCUUCAUUAUGCUUACAUACAAUCUUUCUGUCUUGUAUGCCUACUCACUCACUCAGAAAGAUGGUCAGGACGAUCUAGACGAAGGAGGGGACGACCCGGUGAUUACCCAGAUCGCUCUCCAUCGAGUUGUAGCUGUGUUCUCAGGCUGCAUCUGGGGAGUGAUCAUCACAAGGUUGAUCUGGCCGAUCAGUGCACGCAAGAGGCUAAAGGACGGGCUUGCCCUGUUGUGGCUUCGAAUGAGCCUUAUCUGGAAGUCUGGUCCAUUAUCUGCAACUUACGAUUUGAAACAACCGACGGAAUUCAUGACUGCUAGGGAUAAACUCGAGGUUGAACGAUAUAUAUCCCAUUUGGAGUCCCUUCAAGCCUCUGCCCGCUCUGAAUUCCAGCUCAAGCAAGCUUUCCCGGAUGCCGCUUACACCAACCUUCUUGCGCGCACGCGGAGCAUGGUCAAUAGCUUCGUCGCAAUGAAUCUAGAGUUGGUCAAGAAUAUGACGGCGUCGGAGGGGGAGCUUGCUAUCCUUGACUAUACGGUGCGAGAGCGCCGGCAUUUGUCCUCUCGCAUCAGUCACCUAUUGUCUUUUAUGGCCUCUUCCAUGAAGUUGGGGUAUCCGCUGAACGAUAAUUUGCCCAACGUUGAGCAUGCGCGAGAUCGACUACUUGCGCGUCUUUUCCACUACCGCAAGGACUUGGAAGCGUCUAGAUCGUCCACGGAUGAAGAUUAUGCGCUGCUAUAUGCAUACGUGCUCGUGACGGGGCAGCUAUCGAAAGAAAUCGAGGGAAUCUCCGAAGAAAUCGGGCGGCUGUUUGGGGUGCUAGACGAGGAAGCAGUCAAACUAUAUGCGUAG